UUCAUCUCUUUCGAAAGCCGCAGAGAUCUUUUCUUGGAAAGUUACUACAGGAAUUUAGACUUGUAGCAGCUGACCGCAGGUGUGAGUUCGGCAGCUUGAACAGAUCUGUGAACUCUGUCAACACUGUGUGAAUGGGCGUGCUUUUCCUUCCCGCAGUCCUGGAAGAUCCUUCUCUUUGGUGCGGUCAACGUGCUGUGCACGGGCUUCCUGCUCAUGUGGUGUAGCUCUACCAACAGCAUAGCUUUAACUGCUUAUACUUACCUCACCAUUUUUGAUCUUUUUAGUCUAAUAACAUGUUUGAUAAGCUACUGGGUAAUGAUGAGGAAGCCUAGCCCUGUCUAUUCAUUUGGGUUUGAAAGAUUAGAAGUCCUGGCUGUGUUUGCGUCUACCGUCUUGGCACAGUUAGGAGCUCUCUUUAUACUAAAAGAAAGUGCAGAACGUUUUUUGGAGCAGCCUGAGAUACACACGGGAAGAUUAUUAGUUGGUACUUUUGUGGCUCUUUCUUUCAACCUGUUCACGAUGCUUUCUAUUCGGAAUAAGCCUUUUGCUUAUGUCUCUGAAGCUGCUAGUACGAGCUGGCUUCAAGAGCAUGUGGCAGACCUUAGUCGAAGUUUGUGUGGCAUUAUCCCAGGACUCAGCAGUAUCUUCCUGCCCCGUAUGAAUCCAUUUGUCCUGAUUGACCUUGCUGGGGCGUUUGCUCUGUGUAUAACAUACAUGCUGAUUGAAAUUAAUAAUUACUUUGCUGUAGACACCGCAUCUGCAAUAGCCAUUGCCCUGAUGACCUUCGGCACCAUGUAUCCCAUGAGUGUGUACAGUGGGAAAGUCCUUCUCCAGACUACACCACCUCAUGUUAUUGGUCAGUUGGACAAGCUGAUCAGAGAGGUAUCUACCUUGGAUGGCGUCUUAGAAGUCCGAAAUGAACACUUUUGGACCCUUGGAUUUGGCUCAUUGGCUGGAUCCGUCCAUGUAAGAAUCCGACGUGAUGCAAACGAACAAAUGGUUCUUGCUCAUGUGACCAACAGGCUGUACACACUUGUGUCUACUCUGACGGUUCAGAUUUUCAAGGAUGAUUGGGUGAGACCCGCCUUAAUGUCUGGGCCCGCGGCCCCCAGCGUCCUUCACUUCUCAGCAGACCACCACAUCAUCCCGAUGCCUCUGCUAAAGAGCACCGAUGCUGUGACCCCGGUCACAUCAACACCAGCCAAACCUAGCAGCCCGCCUCCGGAGUUUGCAUUCAAUACCCCUGGGAAAAACGUGAGCCCGGUGAUUCUCCUGAACACACAGACAAGGCCGUAUGGUUUGGGUCUCAAUCGUGGACACACACCAUACAGCAGUGUGCUCAGCCAAGGACUCACAGUUCCAGGAUUUGGGGCAGGCCAGGGAUUGAGGCCGACCUUCCCACAUUUACCGAGUAGGUACGGAAACAACAGGACAGGACAGCCAAGACCUUGAAGGACUCUAACUUAUUUUCAUGGAGACUAUCGACUCCUUGGCUUCCAGUGUACUUAAUAACCCACCUUGCGUUGACUGUUCAACCAUUUGUCAGAUUAUUGCAGGCUUGUUCAUAUUUCAUGAAACCCAUAAACUCUAUUUUUGUACAAUGUUCUUGUGGCAGUGAGGUCUUUGGAAAUGUCCCGGGUGUUAGGUGGGCUCCCUUCAGAAAGCCCCUCUCUCUAAGCUUGCACGUUGGCUGUUCUUUUUUUUUAUCUUUAUUUUUUUUACUUUUUUUUAGUUGUUGAAAAAAAAAAUUUCCGCCUCCUCCCCAUUUCCCUCCCCCUCCUCUCCCACAUUGCCCCCUCCCCCCCACUCCCCUCCCCCUCCCCCCACUCCAUUCCUCCUCCCUCUCUACCUGGAUAGAAGUGGGAGGACCUUGGACUUCCUGCAGGGCAGGGAAUCUGGACGUUGGCUGUUCUGUAGCUGCCCACAGGGUGUGACCUGACCUGACCUGACCUGACCUCCAGUAGCAAGGCCAUGUGCCCCUUCCUAAGAACACUUAGUCCCUCAAGUGCUCCGCGUGUCUGCCCAUGGGAAAUGAAAGCCUAAGUGUCCAUUUGAAAAGUAAAAGUCUCUUUUA